UAUUAGAUAUUGGUUGAAAAUAAAAUAUAAAAAGAAUUUUUACACACAUUGCGCAAUUCACACAUAUCGAUAUUUUAUUUACGUGCAGUGGAGAUUCUUAUAUUCGUACAUACAACAUUUAUAUUCUUUGCGAUCUUAUUACGUUAUAUUUUAUUAUAUUUUACAACACUUUCUCAUAUAUGUCAACUCGUGCGCAUAUAAAAGUUUCGAUAUUUACUAAUAAUUUAUUUCUUAUAUUAUAUCAUACGUUGCGGUAAUGGAAAAGAUAAGAAGAACUUUAAAUAUAGAAUUAUUUCAAUGUUGUUUGUUACUAUUAUCUAUAUAUGAUCCGUAGUAAAACUGCAAAUUUUUAUUUUUAUUGAUAUUAAGGCAUCGAUGUUGGAUAACUAUUAUGGAAAAUAAAAAUAGUAACAAUUUUAUUAGUUAUGUGGAAUUGGAAGAGCACAAGAUGCAGACUUUUAGCUCCAGUCGACGUAAUUCGUUAAUUGAAAAUAGUAUAAAACUAUUACCAGGAGAAGUUCUUAUUGCGGAAGCACAAAGUGUCCUUAUGUUUUCACCUGUCAGUGAUUUGAAACAAGGUACAUCUGGUAUUUUGUCAGUGACUAAUUUCAAGCUUACAUUUAUUACCAGCGAUGAUUCAAAUGAUGAGGAUAGUACUCAUCAACAAAACCAUUUGUAUGGAUAUACUGAUACAUGUUUGACAAAUAUCGAUGAGAUCUAUAUAAUGAUAGGUGAUAAAAAACGAAAGCUAGUCUCUGGAAGUACAGUACCAUCGAAAGUAAAAGGAAUAUUUAUUAUCUGCAAGAAUCUAAGGACAUGGUCCUUUUCUUUUAAAUUUUCACCUAUUGGACAUGGUAAGAAUCUCUUGACUGCAUUGCUACAUCAUGCUUUUCCUAGCAGACAUCAGCUGUUGUUUGCCUAUGAUUACAAAGAGGCUUAUUACAGUAGUCUUGACAAGAAUGUUCAAUUAUUUCGAGAUAUUUUGGAUUGGCAAAAUGAAUUAAACAGAAUACUAUGUAGCGAUGAAAUAAGAAAAGGUUGGAGAUUAUCCAUGGUUAAUGCCAAAUUUCAACUUUGUCCUAGUUUAUCACAAUACAUAGUUGUGCCUGCAUCUGUAACUGAUAGCCAGUUAACAGAUGCAGCUCGACAUUUUCAAGAUAAUAGACCACCAGUAUGGUCUUGGACAAGCUCUCAUGGUGCAGCAUUAGUAAAAAUGUCUGAAUUGUUGCCAACAAUAACAGAGAGAAUACAAGAAAAUAUUAUGUUUGAAAAUGUUCGUAAGAGUCAUCCUCAAAAAAUACCGCCAGUUGUUAUUGAAUUGAAUAAAGAAAUUAAUGUAAAGUUAAUAGCAGCAAGUUUUAGUAAAUUUAUUAACUUAUGUUCACCAGAAAAUAUCAGACAAUUCUGGAUUCAAGAUAAUAAUUUUUAUUCAUUGUUGGAGAAUACAAAAUGGCUUAAAUAUAUAUCAUAUUGUUUAGAAAAGGCAGUAGAAGUCUGUGAACAUCUUAAUUUAGGAAUUUCUGUCAUCCUACAAGAAGGUGCUGGUAGAGAUUUAUGCUGUAUUAUAUCAAGUUUAGCACAACUAUUACUAGAUCCUCACUUUCGUACUAUAACCGGCUUUCAGUCAUUAUUACAAAAAGAGUGGAUUGCUGGAGGCCAUCCAUUUUGUGAUAGAUUAGGACAUAUUGUAAAAUCUAAUUCAGGAAAAUCUCCAUUGUUUCUUUUAUAUCUCGAUUGCGUUUGGCAAUCAUAUCAGCAAUAUCCAACAGAAUUUGAAUUUACGGAAACAUAUUUGACCACAUUAUGGGAUGCAGCACAUAUUUCUAUUUUUGACACCUUUAUUUUCAACUGUGAAAGAGAUCGAACAGUGGCAGCUAUGGAUCCUAAUACACCUCUUGUACUUCGUAGCGUUUGGGAUUGGCGGGAGCAAUUCAAUGAUCAGGAUAUAUUGUUAUUUUAUAAUCCUUUAUUUAUUUCUCAUGAUAUUAAGAAAAUAGAGAAUAGGACAAUUAUAAAACCUUUAUAUACUAUUUCUAGUUUAGAACUUUGGACACAAUGCUAUUUUCGUUGGAUACCAGCACUUGAGAUUCAUAAUGGUGGGCAAACGUAUAUCGAACUUUAUGUUAGAUUACUACAAAAUAACAUCAAUCAACUUGAAAUAAAUAUAAACGAUAAUCGCGAUUCACCCAUAGAUACUGAUAAGAUUGGUAUCUAUUCUCUUUAUACAAAUAUUGAUAGUUUUUAUCCCUUUAGUAAUAAAAGAUCAAGGAAUACUAUUAGUGCCCCAAUUAUGAAUAACUCAAUCUUUUUAACAGAGAGCUUAUUAGACGCACAAUCGUUAAUAACUACAACCGACUGAUAAAAUGCUAUUUUAAUAUAGUUCAGAAUGUACCUGAUUACAUUCCCUUUGCUUUUAAUUGGAAAGUGCAAACCAAUUUUUCAGAUAAUUUUGUCUUAGUGUGACAAAAAUAAAAA